AAAAUACUUAAAUUAAUAAUAAUAAUAAAAUUAUAAUAAUAAUAAUUAAUUAUAAUUUAUAAUAUAGAAAAUAAUAAAAUACCCACACAAUAGUUAAUUAUUUAUUUUUUAAUUUUUUUUAAUUUUCAUAAUAAUAAUAAUUUUUAAAAUAUUAAUAAAUAUAUAUCAUAUAAUAAAUUACAUAUAAUAAAAUAUAAAUAAAUAAAAAUUUAUAUUUUCUAGAAAAUUAAAUAAAUUUAAUAAACACACUUUAAUAACAUAUAUAGAUUUUUCAUUAUAAUAUACAUAUAAACUAAUAAAAAAGAAAUGGAAGAAGAAAAACAGUAUAAGGUUUUACUUAUUGGCGAUAGUGAUGUAGGAAAGACGUCAAUUGUAAAACGUUUUUCAGACGAUACUUUUGAUGAAGAAGUAUUAACAACCAUUGGUGUAGAAUUUAAAAUGAAGGAAGUAAAGGUUGAUGGAAAAAAAGUAGAUUUAUGUAUAUGGGAUACUGCAGGUCAAGAAAAAUUUAGAGCAUUAAUUUCAUCAUAUUAUAGAGGUGCACAUGGUAUUAUAUUAACAUACGACGUUACAAAAAGAGACACAUUCGAAAAUUUAAAUUAUUGGUUAAAUGAAGUUGAAAAUUUUGCAAAUCGUUCCAAUUUAGUUAAACUUUUAGUAGGAAAUAAAAUAGAUAAAGAAAAUAGAGAAAUUUCAAGAGAAGAAGGUGCUGAAUUUGCAAAGAAGAAGGCAAUGCUUUUUAUUGAAUGUAGCGCAAAAACCAAAAUUGGUAUUCAACAAGCUUUUGAAGAAUUAGCCCAAAAAAUUAUUGAAUCUCCACAAAAUACCCAAUCAUCAUCAUCGUCAUCACAACAAAGACAAAAAACCGUUAAAAUCGAAGAAGAAGAACCACAAUAUCAAGGUUGUUCUUGUUAGUACUAUAAUAAUAUUUAAUAAUAUAAUUUAAUAAAUUAUAAUAUAGAUUUUUUUUAAAAAAAAAUAAUAAUAAUAAAAUUAAAAUUCUGUUUUUUGUAUAUAUAAUUAU